CAAGAGAAAGAAAAUUUGUUUUUGCAGACGAAUUAUUUGACAUUUUCAUCAUCAUCAUCAUGUUUCUGGUUGGAUUGACCGGUGGGAUUGCAACAGGCAAGAGCACUGUGUCAUCGAUGUUUAGAGAGCUUGGUUGUCCAAUCAUAGAUGCCGAUUUGGCUGCUAGAGAAGUUGUCAAGCCACACAAGAAAGCAUGGAAUAAAAUCAAAGCCCAUUUUGGGCCAGAAGUGCUGUUGGGGAAUAGUGAAUUGAAUCGAGCAAGACUGGGCGAGAUCAUCUUCUCUGAUCCUGAGAAACGAAAGCUGCUCAACUCUAUAACACAUCCAGAGAUUUAUAAACACAUGAUCUAUGAAGCAUUCACCUAUUUCUUCACAGGUAGUCCCUUUGUCAUUUUGGAUUUACCACUCCUUUUUGAGACUGGGUCCAUGGUUCCAUACAUGAGCAAAAUUAUUGUGGUUUCUUGUGAUGACGAAACCCAACUUCAACGUUUAAAACAACGAAACAAUUUUACAGAUGACGAAGCUAAUUCACGCAUUUCCUCCCAGAUGGCGCUAGAGACUAAACGUAAACGUGCUUCAUAUGUUAUAAACAAUUCUAAGACGUUGGUCGAAACGAAACAGCAGGUCGAACAAAUAUUUCGCGAGCUUGGUGCUAGUAAACUACAUUGGAGACUCCGAAUUAUUCUUGUGUCAUGUUUAGUUGGACUCUUCUGCAUUAGUUGCUUCUCGGUACAGAGAUUCUUUGGUGCCUAAUCAUGAUUAGGAAAUCUGCUAGAAUCUUCUGCCAACCGAGGUGCUGAUUCUGGCACCUCCAGUGAAUUGUGCUACUCCUCUUAUGAAAUGAUAUCCUGUGAUAAUAGUAAAUAAAGUAAAACAAGUUGAUGUAA